UUGCCCCCUCCAAACCCGCCAGAUAAGUGACGGAUAGUAUUGAUUCUGAACUUUGUACUGAACUUUGACCUACUCAAUAAAAUUCUAAAAUGUCUAUUAUAGGGCCUAAUGAUAUUGAUAAUACAUUUUAGCAGUUACUAUAGGCUAUAGGCUUAUAUCUAGACCUAGAUGUCUAUACUCGCUUAGAUACCGUUAAACUGUGACUGAAGCAUCCAUUUUCAAAAGCAUCUAGAUCUAGACUCUAGAUCUACAAAUUAAUACGUUAUCGAAUAAGAUUUAGAUCUAUAAAUGCAAAUGAUGAAUUGUACAGCAUUCGUAACUGGUGCAGCACAGGGGUUGGGUAAAGCAUUCUCUGAAGCACUGUUACAUCGUGGAGCAAGGGUAUGCUUAACAGAUGUCCAAGUAAACAAAGGACAGCAAGUAGAAAGUGUUUUGCAAAAGAAAUAUGGGCAAGAUAAGGUGUUUUUUCUGCCUUGUGAUGUGUCCUCUGAAGAAAAUCUGAAAAGUUCUUUUCAAAAAGCUGUUUCAAAAUUUGGUCAUGUAAAUCUGAUGGUAAACAAUGCAGGAAUAGUUGAUGAGUCAAACUUAAAGUCAGUUGUUAAUAUUAACCUGGUUGGAGUAAUUCAAGGUUCUUUGUUGGCUAUAGAACACAUGAGAAAAGAUAAGGGUGGCAAAGGUGGAAAAAUCAUUAAUAUUGCAUCAAUGGCAGGUUUAACAGGAGUCUAUUUCAGCCCAUUUUACAGUGCUACUAAAUUUGGUGUAGUGGGAUUUCAUUUAAGCUGGGCAGGGAAUCCUCAUAAUGAGAAGUUAGGUUUACAGUUUGGAUGUCUAUGCCCAGCCUUUGCAGCAACACCUAUUAUAGAGAUGAAUGAAAAUCAAAUGCUUUACUUUGAAGAAGGAAAAAAGUUGAUUGAACAACUUGGUGUUAUCAAAGUUGAAACCGUGGUGGAUGGAUUUUUGCAACUGGCUGAAUCGGAAAACUGUAAUGGGGACCUUAUAAAAAUUUCAGUGAAAGAUGGCAUUCAACAUGCCAGAAAAGGCCAAGUAGUAAAAACAAGUCGAUUAUAAAUAACUAUAUCCCUGCCAUUUUGGGAGAUGCUAUGGACCAAGCUUUUUUUUUUAUUGUAUGUAAAAAAGUAAAAUUUAAUUA